AAACUUUUGCAGGCAUUCAAGACCAAGUGACUCAAGCCGGCGAAAUUGGACGGAGGAACCGUGAACACCGUCCGACUCUCCCGUUCCGCAGCGUACUGUCCUGCACCUCCGCCAACAGCGCACGAAAUAAUGAAGCUGGACGAGCUCAAGCCCCUGGAGGCCCUCCUCACGGGCGAUUUUCGCCAGAUCGAGCCCCACCUGCAGGCGCUCGACAAGCACCUGAUCCUCCGCACUUACCUCGAUGGCUACACGCUUGGCGACAUCGACACGAAAAUUUGGCUGGCACUUCGUGGCAACCGUGCUGCCGUUUCGUUUAUCAAGCGCGGCAGCCUGGUCAACCUCGCCCGCUGGUUCAACUUCAUCGAGGAGAACCACCCCGAAAUCCAAGCUGAGGUGAAGGCAAAGGAUGCGGCGGCCAAGGCCAAGGUUGCCGCGGCGAGCAAGGCCGGCGGGAACUAUGCGCUAGCUCUGCAGAACGCCGACAAGGGAGUCGUGACGAGAUUCCUACCCGAGCCCUCGGGAUACUUGCACAUCGGACACGCCAAGGCCGCACUCCUCAGCGACUACUUCGCUCACCAAGCCUACAACGGGACGCUGCGUCUGCGCCUCGAUGACACCAACCCGUCCAAGGAGAAGGAGGAGUACCAGGACGCCAUCAUCGAGGAUCUCGCGCUGAUGGGCAUCAAGCCCGACACGCUCUCUUACACGUCGGACUAUUUCGACUACCUGUACGAAAUGUGCGUCCGGCUGAUCAAGGAGGGCCAUGCCUAUGCCGACGAUACCGACCAGGACACGAUGCGCGACCAGCGCUUCAAGGGCAUCGCGUCCAAGCGCCGCGACAGGAGCGUCGAGGAGAACCUGCGCAUCUUCGAGGAGAUGAAGCAGGGUUCCGAGGAGGGCCUCCGGAACUGCAUCCGCGCCAAGAUCUCGGUCGAUAACCCGAACAAGGCCAUGAGAGACCCGGUCAUCUACCGGUGCAACGUCGAGACGCCGCACCACCGGACCGGCACCAAGUGGAAGAUGUACCCCAUGUACGACUUCGCCUGCCCCGUCGUUGACAGCUACGAGGGCGUGACCCACGCGCUGAGGUCGACCGAGUACACCGACCGAAACCCGCAGUACCAGUGGUUCCUGGAUACGCUGAAGCUGCGGCAGGUCUACAUGUGGGACUUCGCCCGCAUGAACUUCAUCAGGACCUUCCUGUCCAAGCGCAAGCUUGCCAAGCUGGUCGAAACCGGCAGGGUCUGGGGCUGGGACGACCCGCGCAUGCCCACGAUCCGGGGCGUGCGCAGGAGGGGCAUGACCAUCCCGGCGCUGCGCGACUUCAUCAUCAAGCAGGGCCCCAGCCGGAACGUGGUCACCAUGGACUGGACGACCUUCUGGGCGAGCAACAAGAAGGAGAUCGAUCCGAUCGCCCCGCGUCACACGGCCGUCCUGCAGAAGGACGCGGUCAAGGUGACCGUCACCGGGAGUGGAGCGCCGGCGGAGCCUUACUCCGCGGUCAAGCCGAAGCACCCCAAGAACAGGGAGGUGGGCACCAAGCAGGUCGUCUUCGCAUCCGAGCUCCUCCUGGACCAGGCCGACGCCAAGAGCUUCAAGGACGGCGAGGAGAUCACCCUCAUGGCCUGGGGCAACGCCUUCGUGCGCCAGAUCGCCCCCGGCGACCCGAUCCCGAGCCUCACCUGCGAGCUCAACCUGGCGGGCGACGUCAAGUCGACCGAGAAGAAGAUCACCUGGCUCGCCGCGCAGGGACAGAAGCUGGUGCCGGCCGAGCUGUGGGACUUUGACUACCUCAUCACCAAGGACGUCCUGCAGGAGGAGGACAACAUGGAGGACUUUUUGACGCCCGUGACCGAGACGAUGGAGGACGCGUGGUGCGACGAGGCGGCGGCGCACCUGAAGAAGGACGACAUCAUCCAGCUCGAGCGGCGCGGCUACUACCGCGUCGACAAGGGGCUCGGCGACUGGAAGGACGGCGAGGAGGGGCCCAAGGGCAAGCGCCUGGUGCUGUUCUGCAUCCCGACGGGCAAGACGGGGCCGAAAUAGAGGGAAGAUGGGUAUGUGGGGUGAGAACAUAUGACAGAUAAAAUAGAGCUGAUAUCGAAUGCUACUGAUGAUGCGUUGCAGG